GGGCGCGGCGGCUGCCGGCGUCGGCGGCCAUGGAGCUGGGCGCGGUGCUGGAGGCCGUGGAGGGGCACGGCGCCGCCGCCGAGGCUGCGGAGCGGGCUCUGCUGCGGUACAACGAGGAGGUAACGGGAUGGGGGGGGGGGAAGGAGGGAGCCGGGUGGUUCCCGCUGCCACGCCCCGGAGCUCUGCCCACCGGAGCUGCUGUCUCGCUCUGCUUUUCCACUGUACGUGCGGCGUGAGGGCUGUCGUGAGGGCUGUCCUGCGGCCUGCCGGCACGUAGCCCUCGGCAGAGGCUCAGGGACAGCCCCGGAGUGCCUCGGUCCAGUGCUGCGCUCCCCCGGCCCGUUCCCGCUGCUGUGCGGGGGGCUGAGCCGCCCUCGGGCAGGGCUGUGCCGGGCGGCCUCCCACCUACCCGCUGCCGGCGCGGGGUUUGGCUCUGGGUGCGAUCCGAACGCAGCAGUGUGGAGCUGGGAGUCUGCCGGAAUUCAGGGCUUCGUUACAGGAACGAACGGUUUUUUGUUCGAGAUUCCCUGCAUGCGGCGGGGGGGGGGGGGGGUUGGAAAUUGGUGAUCCUCGAGGUCCCUUUCAAUCCAAGCCAUUCUGCGUUUCUGUCAUUCCCGUCGCUGAGGUGAGGGGAAAAAUCUCACGUGGGUUGGUGUAUUACUGCGUGAAGUCCAAAGGUGGAGACUGCAGCAUCCAAAGGGUGCUGCCUCUGAAGGGCUGCUAUCUGGAGUCCGCCGGGCUCCUGCUUUAGCUCUUUGACUUCUAAGGAACCUUCAGUCUCCUGUGUCCACUCUCUGAAAUGACCCUGUGUUAAAUGUGUUGUUAGAAAGCGUGUGUGUGCACGCAUCGCUUCUUGUGCUUGCUGCUCUGUGCGCCGUGCCUUCACGGGAGCUUCCCCAAAUGAGUUUUUAGGCUUAGGUGGAAUUCUCAAGGACGAAUCGAGCCGUUUUCAGAUUUGAUCCAGCAGAUGAAGAUAAAAGAAAGAAACUAUGUGAGGGAAUUCUGAACAUCCUGGAAAAAGACACACAAACCUCAUGUCAAACUGCCUGUCUGGAAGCACUGCGGAUUCUGUCCAGGGACAAGAAGGUUCUAGUGCCUGUAACCACAAAGAGGAACAUGCAGAUCCUCAUGAGACUAGCAAAGCUGGAUACUGUGGAAGAUCCUUUGGAGAGGGUGUCUGAAUUUCCUGUUAUAGUAGAAGCUUUAAAAUGCCUCUGUAACAUAAUUUUUAAUAGUGCUGUUGCACAGAAGCUCAGUUUGGAACUGAAUCUUGCAGCCAUGCUCUGCAAUCUUCUGAAAAAAUGCAAGGACCAACAGCUGGUUGGUGACAUUAAAUGCUUUGAUUUGCGUCUUCUCUUCCUCUUGUCGCUUCUGCACACAGAUAUUAGAUCGCAGUUGCGGCAGGAACUACAAGGAGUGCAAGUUUUGACUCAGGCUUUGGAAAGUUCCCUGAAUGUAAGAUGGACAGAAGAAUAUAAAGCAGCGGAAGACCGCGACAGACCGCCUUUAUCUCUGCAAGAGACAAAUUGUGCCAUUGAGGCACUGAAGGCUCUUUUUAAUGUAACGCUUGACAGCUGGAAUGUCCACAGUAAGAAUGAAUCUCAUCAAUUUCGUUACAUGGCUGCCAUCCUUCGGUACUGCUUAUUAACCACGGGCCCCACUGAAGACAAAACUGAAGAGUUGCACAGCAAUGCAAUCAACCUCUUAAGCAAUAUUCCCGUUUCUUGCUUGGAUGUCCUUAUUAGUCCGUCAUCCCAGGAGGAAACAGAUAUAAAAUACAAUGGUAUGAAUAUGGGAGCAAUCCAGAUUUUAUUGGAUUUCAUGGAGAAGAGAAUUGACAAGGGAAGCAGCUAUAGAGAAGGUCUGACUCCAGUUCUCAGUUUAUUAACGGAAUGCUGCCGAACUCAUAGGAAUAUCAGGAAGUUUAUCAAAGCUCAGGUACUGCCUCCACUCAGAGACGUAUCGAGUCGUCCAGAAGUUGGCACGACAGUGAGAAACAAGCUUGUGCGCCUCAUGACACAUGUUGACCUCGGAGUAAAGCAAAUUGCAGCAGAAUUUCUCUUUGUUCUUUGUAAAGAGAGAGUUGACAGCUUGUUAAAAUAUACGGGCUACGGUAACGCAGCAGGAUUGUUGGCAGCAAGGGGCCUGUUAGCAGGGGGAAGAGGAGAUCACUGGUACUCGGACGAUGAAGAUACAGAUACCGAAGAAUACAAAUCUGCAAAGCCAAACAUUAACCUUAUCACUGGUCACUUGGAAGAACCCAUGCCUAAUCCAAUGGAUGAAAUGACAGAAGAACAAAAAGAAUACGAAGCUAUGAAGCUUGUCAACAUGUUUGAUAAACUUUCCAGAGAUGAGGUUAUAAAGCCAAUGGGAGUGCGGCCGGAUGGUACAAUGGCUCCUUUGGAAGAAGCAGUCAGCCAGUACCAUACCAAUAAGCAAGACAGUUCAGAUUCAGACUAAAGCAUCACCUGCUUUGCUCUCGAUUCUCUAAUUCGCAUUGUCCUUAGAGCCACGGCAUCUUUUUAUCAGAGCAUUUUAUCCUCACGUUAGCCAGCUUCACUUUAACUGUUCGAUUAUUGGGAGAUUUAAAUGAUGGAUCCUGUGGUGUAAUGUCUGCAUUUUUACGAUGUCUGUUUAAAGAACGUGUAUUCGUUUGAUCUUUAUUAAUUUAAGACUAAAUGUAUUUCAAAGGGAUAAAAAAGUGAAAGCCUACAACGAAAAAUGUAAACAUUUUGAUUUUCCAGAAUCCUAUUUUCCAAAGUCUGUAGGUUUUCCCAUUCUUUAUACAUUUUUGUAUUGUCUUCCUGAUCUCUCUUUGCCUUUGUAUAAUUCUAAUUAAAGAAGCAAAUUUGCUUAAUGGCAUUAGGAGCAUCAGAAGGAAAACUUAGAAGUCGGACUGACCUUGUAAAGCUGCUUUAGCUGGCAUUCAGCAGUGACUUCAGAGCUUCCCCUUUUACAUGUCGUGGGAUUUCUUACCACUACACACGUCUGUGGUUAAGCUGCUGCUUAAGAUUUUACCCAUGUGUCAGUCACUGACUGCUGCUAAAACUGCCUUUAAAUUGGGAACAAGAUGAUGUAUGUUGUCUGUCCUCCCCCCUCCACGCUAAGACCACACAAGUAUUACCACCGCACCACCCCCCCCCCCCGGCUCUGGUUAAAUAAAAACAUCCCUAUUCAAAACAGCAUUCAAGUAUAUACACUUAAAUGUUGCUGUGAAUAGGAGCGAAGAGAAGUGCAUGUGUGAGUGUUUUAUGGAACUGGGGCCUAAUGGGAGCGCUUCACUCGAAGGGAAGUCAAAGUACUAACAAAGAAAUAGUUCCCUUUCUGGGGGAAGAUUAAGAAGUGAUGGGAUAGAGAAUGGAAAGGUGGGAAGGAGAAGAAAGUGUAAUUUUCAACUCUGUACUCUUAAAAGGUAAAGAUUAAAGUUGUAGUUGUGCUGCA